CCUAAGGGAAAAAACUCUGCCUACAGCAAAAAGACUACUUCCACACAAAUUAGAGAAUAAUGAAUGCUAUGGUCCUGUUUACACCAUAAAAUUUGUCUUGUACCACAUUGGUGAGUUACAAGAUAAUCAAGGAGUUUAUAAGGCCACUCUCAUUAUAACAAUUAAUGUUGUUUAAAUUGGGCCUUAUGGAUAUUGAUUUUAAACCCAAGUCACUAGCUCAUUAAUGAGCAUGGACAUGAUUCAAUAAGGGACAUGAGCCUCUCGUAAGAGGCCAUGCCAUGCCACGAGAUGGCAUGAAAAUUUCUAAGUAUGAGAAGUCCAUGGCCAUGAAUAUAGAGGCCAUGCCGCCUCAUAACCAAGACCAAACGACACAAAAACAUGUCCUUCUAGAAUUUAGAAGCACAUGCCAUCUCAAGGAAGACCUCGAUACGGUCAAAAAUAUUCUAAGUCUCGAGAAGGGCAUGCCAAUUCACGAAGAGGCCAUGCCGCCCCAUGACCAAUGCCUAAUGACUGAAAAAUAAACUAAGUCUGGAAGAGGUACAUGCCACUUCAAGGAGAAGCACGUGCCGCUUCAUGAGAAGGGGCAUGGAUACAAGAUGAGACGUCCAUGCCACUUCACGAGAAGGGCAUGGACGCAAGAAAAGAUACUAAGUAUGAGAGGGCCAUGCUGUGUCACGAGAAGGGCCACAGACAUGACUGAGAAGUCCAUGGCCGCGAAUGAGGAGGCCAUGUCGCCUCAUGAUCCAAAAUAUACUAAGUCUGAGAAGGUCAUGUCGCCUCACGAGAAGGGUCAUGUGCAUGAUUAAGAGGUCCAUGGCCGUGUCAUGUGAUGGCCAUGGACACGAAGCAAGAAGCGUUAUAAAUUAUUGAAAAUACUAAGUAUGGAAAGGCCAUGCCGCCUCAUGAGAGGGGCCUUGUGCAUGAUUGAGAAGUCCAUGCCACUUCACAAGAGUGGCCAUGGACACGAAUGAGAAGGGCGUGGUGGUGGAGCACUAUAUCAAUAAUGACUAAGUCCCAAGUGGGCCAUGGACAUGGGUAAGAAGUCAAUGGCCAUGAGACAAGAGAACCAUGACCCCCUUUGCGAGAUACUACAUGCUCGUCAAAAGACUAGCAUGGCACGAGAUUCAGAACAAAACCAGGCGAGGCAAGCUACACUCCAAACCCACGACGGUUCCAAGAGAGGCACCUAGGCGGUUGAAGGAGUAACCACCACUCCGAGGAAGCAGGGAGCAGUUCUUUUUGGGAGUUAUCCAAGAGGCGGUUUUCUACCAAAGGAGGAGGAGCGGUUCUUUGUAGCAGUUAUCCAACAAGCGGUUUUCUAUGGCGGUUACCUCCUCGGGGCUAUAAAUAAGAAGAGGGGUCGACAGAGACAGACGUUCAAAAAACGAACACUCUGACACACAUGUCAAGUUUAUCCUUUACCUUUUCUCUAUCAUGUAGCCAUAGAUGUAGUUCGUAGUUUGGAGCUCUCGCCGAACCUCCAUAGGAGUAGAAGUAAUUUAAUUUAGAUCUCGUUCCCAAAAAUCAUCAAUCAAACACCCUCGUUCGAACUUUGUUUGAAGAGGUGUGAGCCGUGUCUUAGAAAUCGUUGUCCAUAGAAGUCAAAGGUGCAAUCCAUCUCAAUUCAACAAGAGUUUUCUCGCCGGGAAACAAAUUUGGCACACCUGGUGGGACAAUUGUGUUUGAUUUGAUGGCUCCACGACUGAGAGAAAGAGAAGGUGAUCUUUCACCUGGGUUUGUGAUGGAUCUUGUCGCCAAUUUUGAACUUGGCCAAGAAGGAAAAGGAUUGGUCGGAAAUAAUGGCAAGGUAGAGGCUUUGCCACCGCCGACACCUUCUGUCAAAGUAACCACCAUCGUCAUGUCACGCCAUUUGAUAGUGGAGGAGACACAGAAGAUGAUGACGGAGAACCGCCUGGCCAUGGAGAAAAACCUCCAGGCCAUGGAGGAGAACCGCCAAUUCAUGGAGGAAAGUUGGGAUGAACUUGUUAGAUGUUCACAUCAGACAAGUCUCAAACUUGCUUCUCUUAGUUCCACCUUAGAUAGAAGGUUGGACCAAUUAUUUGAAGUAGUUAUAAAAAAUAAAAAUUGCUUGGAUAAGUUUAAAAAUGAUUUUAUAGAUCCAGUGGUGCAAGAAAUAUCUUUACCAAAUAAUGGUAUAGAUCCACCACCAAUUAUUGCUACUAAGGAUACAAUUAUUAUGGUCUCCGGUGGUCGGACUGCCCAACCACGGUCAGGGAACUCGUCGCCUCCGGUGACAAGUCAACCCCCUUUUUUACGUGGUGGUUAUGGAGAGAAUAUCACUUACAAGUUCUCCACCCACGUAGAGCAACCACUUGUGCAGACAGUUACACAAGAAACUGUCUUGGUGUCAAGAUCAUGUAUGUCACCUCGUAAUGGGAAGGCUAGUGGAGAUCAAGUCGAUUUUGAUCAACUAGCACCAGAAGCUUGUCCACCCUCAUUGCCACCCCUAGUCAAUGGGUAUGGUGGAUGCAAACCACCUAAGGGACAGGAAGAGGUGCAUGGAAGCCUACCACCUGACAAGUUGAAGAUGAAGAGUCAGGCUGGGGGGCAAGUUGAUGUUAAGAAAGGUGAACAAAAUGGUGUGUCCAGCAGAACACCAUAUUUGUUUCCUAAAUAUGGCAUGGGGGGCAUAUCUCCAUUUCCAUGCAGUGGGCAGCGGGGCAUGUCAUCAGACAUGAAGGAUGAAGUGAGUGGCAAGCCUAAGUGGGUGUUGGAUACCCAUGCCACCCAUGAUUUUCAUAACUUUGACAGCGUGUCAAAGAGUGGACAAGGAGGCAAGGCCCCUUGUAGCAUGCCACCCAUGAACGGUCGACAACGGGGCAUGUCGCCAACCACAAACAACAGAUGGAUAGACGUGCCCAAGAAUCCACAUGAAAUCCAAGCCACACAUGCAUAUGAUAAGCAUGUUAGUCUGGCUAAACCCGGACAUGAGGGCAUGUCACCCAUCUUGAAGUAUGAAGUAGGGGGCAUGUGUUGGAAGACACAACAGCUCCAAGCCACCCAUGGCUUUUAUAAGUGUAAAACUAUGGCUAAGUCUGGACAAGAGGGCAUGCCACCAAUCAUCAACAGUGGACAUGAGGUCAAGUCCAACAAGAAAAGACGUGGGAAAGCCAAAAAGAGUUCUCGUAGUGUUGAAAAUUUAGCUAAGUAUGGGCAAGGAGGCAUGUCACCCACCAUGAAUAAUGGAGUAGGCGGCAUGUCCAAGAAUCUAAAAGAAUUUCAACCUACACAUGCUUGUGAUAAGUAUGCAAGUUUAGCUAAGUGUGGACCGGGGGGCAAGUCCAUGUCCAUGAGUAGUAAGUACAUGCCAUCAAUCAUGAAUGAUGGACAUAGGGGCAUGCAUAAGAAGGUAUCAUACCCACAAACCAGACAUGGCCUCACAAAGAACCAAGGAUGGUCGUGUGCUAAGGGUAGGAGCCAACAAGGUUUGGAGGUUGAAAGACAAAGUCAAGUGGGCCACAUGGGUGGUCGACAACUUUUCAAGACUGGACAUCAUCUCCAACAACAUGAGGAGAGUAAGCAUGUCUCAACCAUGAGGAAACCAAGGCAGAGGAAAACCCAUGGUCGUCUUAACAUGUCAAGUGAUGUGGCUAAAGCAUAUGAGCAUGAGACCCCAUGCAAGGCCACCAAGGCUAGACAUGCUGAUCAUAUACCACCCAUUGGUAAGCUAGAAAAUUCAAAAUUAAUGUAUGGAGAAUCAUGUUCCAUGGAGGAAAAGAGGCAUGUGGUAUAUGGAUGGCUUGCAUGUUUUAAUCCAUGGACUUGGCAGUGGGUGUACACCUUUGGCGCAUUAGUUGUUGCCAGAGGCAAUGGAGAACAGUGAAGUUUGUCACUCGUUAUCUUAAAUAAAUAAAUAUCAUAUAUAUUAUUAAAUAAAUAAAAGCCAAUCAUGGCUAUAUAAGAAAAAAUAGAGAGAAAAUAACAAAGUGGAAAUUUUGAGUCGAAGUCAUUAGACUUUGAUGUGAAGAUCUUACCACCAAGUCGUAGUGAUGGCUUGGCAUACCGAGUCGUAGAUUGCGUCUUGCCAUGCUAUGUCGUCUUGUCCCAAGUGGCCACUAGUUUGGAUGUUCGCCACGACCUAAGGGCAUCGUGGGUUGGAGAUGAGUGAUGGCCAGCUUGAGCAUGUAAAAUAAGAAAAGUGUAGGGGCCUCACUGAAUUGUUGACGAAAAGCCAACAAGGCAAGGGUUUCUCGUGGCUACACAUGAACGAAGACAACAUAGGCAGCAUAGCUAGCCACUUGAAAGACGUAGCUACCAUGGUGUUGUUUUAGAGGAAAAAUUUUCAAGUUUUAUUGAACCUGUGGUCAUGGGUAAGUAUAGACAAGUCUUGUUACUCGAGGACCAGUUAGAGAAGGGAUAUAAGUGGUCAAGUUGGUCUCAACUACUUAGUCCAUAAUCCUUAUGCACUAAGUAGUUGGGGGGCAUUUGUUUACACCAUAAAAUUUGUCUUGUACCACAUUGGUGAGUUACAAGAUAAUCAAGGAGUUUAUAAGGCCACACUCAUUAUAACAAUUAAUGUUGUUUAAAUUGGGCCUUAUGGAUAUUGAUUUUAAACCCAAGUCACUAGCUCAUUAAUGAGCAUGGACAUGAUUCAAUAAGGGACAUGGGCCUCUCGUAAGAGGCCAUGCCAUGCCACGAGAUGGCAUGAAAAUUUCUAAGUAUGAGAAGUCCAUGGCCAUGAAUAUAGAGGCCAUGCCGCCUCAUAACCAAGACCAAACGACACAAAAACAUGUCCUUCUAGAAUUUAGAAGCACAUGCCAUCUCAAGGAAGACCUCGAUACGGUCAAAAAUAUUCUAAGUCUCGAGAAGGGCAUGCCAAUUCACGAAGAGGCCAUGCCGCCCCAUGACCAAUGCCUAAUGACUGAAAAAUAAACUAAGUCUGGAAGAGGUACAUGCCACUUCAAGGAGAAGCACGUGCCGCUUCAUGAGAAGGGGCAUGGAUACAAGAUGAGACGUCCAUGCCACUUCACGAGAAGGGCAUGGACGCAAGAAAAGAUACUAAGUAUGAGAGGGCCAUGCUGUGUCACGAGAAGGGCCACAGACAUGACUGAGAAGUCCAUGGCCGCGAAUGAGGAGGCCAUGUCGCCUCAUGAUCCAAAAUAUACUAAGUCUGAGAAGGUCAUGCCGCCUCACGAGAAGGGUCAUGUGCAUGAUUAAGAGGUCCAUGGCCGUGUCAUGUGAUGGCCAUGGACGCGAAGCAAGAAGCGUUAUAAAUUAUUGAAAAUACUAAGUAUGGAAAGGCCAUGCCGCCUCAUGAGAGGGGCCUUGUGCAUGAUUGAGAAGUCCAUGCCACUUCACAAGAGUGGCCAUGGACACGAAUGAGAAGGGCGUGGUGGUGGAGCACUAUAUCAAUAAUGACUAAGUCCCAAGUGGGCCAUGGACAUGGGUAAGAAGUCAAUGGCCAUGAGACAAGAGAACCAUGACCCCCUUUGCGAGAUACUACAUGCUCGUCAAAAGACUAGCAUGGCACGAGAUUCAGAACAAGACCAGGCGAGGCAAGCUACACUCCAAACCCACGACGGUUCCAAGAGAGGCACCUAGGCGGUUGAAGGAGUAACCACCACUCCGAGGAAGCAGGGAGCAGUUCUUUUUGGGAGUUAUCCAAGAGGCGGUUUUCUACCGAAGAAGGAGGAGCGGUUCUUUGUAGCAGUUAUCCAACAAGCGGUUUUCUAUGGCAUUUACCUCCUCGGGGCUAUAAAUAAGAAGAGGGGUC